UUUUCGUGCACCGUGCUGCUCAACGUCAUAGAACGCAAACCUGAAGCCGAAAAUAGACGACCCCCGGUCGUAUUUCUGCACGGACUAUAUGGCCGCGCACGUAACCUCGGAUUUUUUCAGAGACGGAUCGCAGAAAACAGGCGCACGCUUGCGCUUGAUCUGCGCAAUCAUGGAGACAGUCCUCACGGGCCGGGCGACAUCCAGUCCAUGGCCGAAGAUGUAGCAGAGACAUUAAGGGCGCAUCACGCAGCCCCGGCUGCUGUCAUGGGACACUCGAUGGGUGGCAAGGUCGCGAUGCUUUUGGCGCUUGAACAUCCAGAGCUUGUUUCAUCGAUCGUCAUCGGCGACAUGGCCCCCGCGCGGACCGGGCAUGGGCAGGGCAAACUUGCUCUGGACCUUUUGCAGCUCAAAUUUCCCGGGAAACUCAACCGGGACGGUGCCAAUAACCUGUUGGCCACCGUUGUCGAGUCCCAACAGGUGCGUGACCUCCUCCUUCAGAAUAUCC